CCAUUCACGAUGUCUGAUCAUGGCUAUGGACCGCCCUCCGCUGACCAUCCUUCUGGCUGGGAUAGUGCCUCGUGGAACACGCACGACGUCUCUGAUGCAGCCGCUUCCGUCGACGGCAACCUGUACCCUGGCCGGUCGCCGCAACCACAGUCAUUACAACACGAGCAUCCGCCCUCGGCAUCGCCUCCACGGUCGAGCGCAGACUCUCCUGGUCGGCCUUCAGGCUCUUCGCGCUGGAGAGAAAGUUUUCUUGAACGGCGGGACACUGUGAGCAGCACGACGGGCUACAGCGAAGUCCAGAGUGUGGUCGAGCCGAAUCCCGAUGAGAAUGUGCUGCGCGCUUUAUGCGACUUGGAUUGUGGGGUGCCCUUACUUCUCGAUCGGAUAAAGCAGAGCAUCAUAUCUUGUCGGGAAGCGUCUGUAUUCUUCAAGAAGAGAGCUGCCUUGGAGGAGGAAUACGGACGGAAUAUGUUAAAGCUCUCACGAACAACUGCAGAUACCUAUGCCAUGAAUGACGGCAAGGCUGGCACAUUCGUGACCGCAUGGCAAGGCACCAUGCGCAUCCAUGAGACCAUGGCCGAGAACAAGAUUCGAUUCGCCCAACGCUUAAACGAAAUGAGCGAGGAGCUGGCUAAUCUCGCGAAAGAAGUUGACAAGAAUCGGAAGACGAGCAAAGAGCUGGCCAACCGUUAUGAAAGGGCGUUACAAGAGUCGGAACAAGCAACCGAGAAGAGCAAGUCCCGAUUCGAUAUGACGGCUGAGGAACUCGAAAGGGUAUUACUGGCAAAAGAGGGCGAGUCGAGCGCGGGAGGAUUGCAGGCCAAAUCACCUGGUGGCGCUUCUGGAAAGCGGGUCCUCGGGAAGGCUAUGAAAGGCGGGGGACUAUUGCUGAAGGGCAAAAAUCCCGGGAAUAUUGCCCGACAAGAGGAUGAUGUACGCUCUCGGAUGUCCGCCGCUUCGGACGUAUAUCGCAAGGCAGUCACAGAUACACAGACGAUACGCCAAGAGUACUUCAAUUUCCAGUUACCUCGAAUAUUACGAGCGCUUAAGGAGUGUGCAGAUGAAAUCGACUUGGGCUUGCAGUACCACCUCACCCGUUAUGCCUAUCUGUUCGAGAGCAUCGUCCUCACUGAUGGGCAAACACUCUCCCCUACUUCUGUAGACGAAGGCAGCGGACAGGGCUUGAAAGCGAUAAUCGAUGCAAUCGAUAAUCGAGGCGACUUCAGAGUCUACAUGCAGAAUUACGCGUACGCUCAUGGUGGAGUAGUGAGAGGUCCAAGAAGGGAAGGUCCCCCGGAAGCUGGUUUCUUACCUCCAAUACCCGCACACCUCGACCGUGUUCAUGCGUACCCUAGUGCCAACGGACAGAACCCGUCAGCGCCCCAGCUUGCCGACAAAGGCCGGCCCACCUUCGGCGUCGACCUGGCGGAGCAAAUGACGCGCGAUAAUGUUGAUGUACCGCAGAUCAUGACCAAAUGCUGCGAGGCAAUCGAAAAGUACGGCCUUGAAUUCCAGGGAAUAUAUAGGAUCGGCGGUACAACAAACAAGAUCGCGAAGUUGAAGGAAAAACUGGAUAAAGAUAUUAACUCCGUGGAUUUGGACGCGGAAGAAUGGUCUUCCGAUAUCACGAAUGUCACUAGUGUACUGAAACUUUGGCUACGCGAAUUGCCGGACCCAUUGUUGACGUCCGGCCUCCACCAAGGCUUCGUAGAGGCAGCUAAGAUCGAGAACGAUCGACUACGACAGAUCCGUUUGCAUGAACGAGUAAACGACUUGCCCGAUCCAAAUUACGCCACGCUCAAGUACCUCAUGGGCCACCUGCACAAAGUUUCGCAGUCCGAAGCCCAAAAUUCUAUGUCUAUUCAAAACAUAGCCAUCGUUUUCGGACCGACACUAUUUGGCGCCAUGCCCGUGCUACCAGUGGACGGGCAGAUGAAUGCAGGAAAUGGACUGGCGGAUGCCCCUCUGCAGAACAAGGCUAUUGAAACCAUCCUGGAACACUACAACGACAUAUUUGUCGAUGAAUCUGAAGUGGCUUAAUCGUUGGGUGUCUCCGACGUCUUUCUCUGGGCUGGAGACUAUAUGCAAUACCGAGCUACCGACAAGUUUCGGGUCACGGAUUGGUCGCCGACAUAUAUUUUAUACGGCACUCAUGCUAUAACUUCAGAUUAUAUUUAUCCAUUGCCUUAUGUGUCAUCUCUCCGCAUAGUUGUUGUAAUCACCUCACGGCAAUCUCAAUGUG